AUGCCAAACAACGACACCCAGGGUUUCGAAGGAAUCCCCCGAGAAUCACCAUUCAACGUCUCUGAAGCCGAAGGAGGAACCGUCGCACUAGCCUCACUCAUAAGAAAACAGGAAAGAGGGGGAAAUAGAGCUGCUCCGGCGCAGAUGCCGGAGCCGGCGACGAGAAAGCACGGAAAAACCUCAGUCACCACGAUUCGCACUCUCUUAAGAUGUAGAUCCCAUUCCUCCAGUUCUCAAAACCCUAGUUCCGGCAUUAUUGGUCUUCUAAGCUCCCUACUCAAAGCAACUCUAUCUGCUGCUUCAGCCCCUUUGACUGCAGCUGCAGCACUUAAUGCCAAUAAGCAGGCAUUCUUGAACCUUGUCGGCCAGAUUGCCCAAGAAAACCUUGGGCUGGACAAAUCUAAGGAUCUCGGGCUCCGUGGAAUGGGCUCUGGCCCUGGCUUUUAUUCGUCUUCUUCUUCAUCAAGUGGAGGUGACUCAUUCAAUGUUGAAGAUAAUAUUAGUGGCUUCGACGUUCCAGGAACUGACUGGUGGGGUGGUGAUAAAUCAGGGCGCAAACGUGGUCGGCCUAGAGAAGGGGAUGCCACAAAGAGUGUUAGCAAUUUGCAGGCUACCUCAUUGAGUGGGUUGCAUCCUUGGAGCAGUAGAAAAAGAUCAAAGAAGUCGUGCCAGGAUCCCCGAUACAACGAGACGGAACUAAAAACUUCAUUUGCAAUCAUUAAGAAGAUAAUGGAUAUGGAUGAAGCUGCAUCAUUCAGCGCUCCUGUCGAUCCUGUUCCUAAUCGUAUUGAUGCAAGAGAUGCACCAAUGGAUUUUGGAACAAUAUGCAGCAAUCUUCAGAAUGGUUUCAAGUACCUAAAUGCUGAUGACGUAUACAAGGACGUGGAGUGCAUUUGGGCGCAUUGUUUGAAGUAUAACAAGAAAGGUGAUUAUAUUGUAUACCUUAUGAAGAGAGUGAGGAAGAAGUUUCUGAAAUACUGGACAGCAGCUGGCUUGCGUACUGAAAUGCAAGAGACUACAGUUUAUGCUGGCAGUCUUUUGAAUUCCUGUCAUGUUCAUGGAAAUGGUCUUGGCCGCAGAAUGACCAACCAUUCUUCUGUCUUUGGUGUUAUAUAUUUCAUGAUUUGUCACUCAUGCAUUUGGAGUGCAUUAAAAUCUAUGAUGCCCUUGCUGUUUUUAAUUGUAUCAUUGCAUUACCUUGGUGCUAAUGUUGAAAGUAUUGCUUAUAUUCAAUUAAAUUGUGAAGGACAACCUGAGUUUGCACCUAGUACCAAUCACAGGACGGGACGCACCAGUUGUGAGGCUAGUUGUGCAGCGAAUCUUGUUGAUAACCCGACUCAAAAGCAACCAGCUCGGGUCACCCAAUCAAGCUACAGUCACCAGGCUCCGGUGCCUCCAUCAAGCUAUAGUCACAAGGCCCAGGUUCCUCCACUGCAGCCAACCACCAAUGAUUUGUCACAGCUGCAGUCCAGAAUCAAUGCAAAUGAUGCAGGACGUUCGUAUGCACCCUCACCAAACUCUGCUAGGAAACAAACAAAAGAUGCACAGACUCCCAGGAUGACUAAGUCCAGCCAUUCCAAGCAUCAGCCAAAUUCAAGCAUAUAUUACCUGCGACGUCGUGGGCAGAGUGUUAGUCAACAGCAACCAGCUCGGUCUCUUGUUCCAGAGAAUGAUGGGGCAAGAUCUCCAGAUGGGCCGUUCACUAAGAGUAAUUUGGGGCAAAAUGGCUUUCUGUCUACAGAUGCAGUUAACCCCACAGUUAUCAGCCAGAAUCAAGUUCAACCACAACCACCUCCAGCAAGUCAAAGCCAGCGACAUGUAUCCCAGAUACAUGAGGGAAGCAUUGCACAGCCACAACACUCUGAGCAGUUUGCUACAGCUUCACAUGCUGGAGGUGAGAAUGGCUUGAGGGGCGAGAGACAAGUUGAAUGGGAUGGUUAUCAGAUGGGAACUGUGACCCCCUCCUUUCAUAAUCCAGCCCAGCAUGAGUAUUCUGGGAAUUCCAGCAGCCCAGACAGUCCAUUAGCAGCCAUUCGUAGCUCAAAGAGGCGAGUACGAGGCCCGUCCCGGUGUCGUUUUGUGUGGGACAUGCCUGAUGGUAGCAAAAUGGUUGUUCACCUUAAUGAUUUGGGACAACCAAUUGGCUCUGAAGGAAGAAAGCUGGCUUCAUUUCUGGGCACCCUGGCACGGGAUGGUACCUUGGCUCCCCUUAACUAUGUGAAAUGGGCUGCAUUGCCAAAAGCAAACAAGGAAAACAUGUGGCAGUUGGUUCAGGCAAAGUUCGAGAUUGAUCCCAUGGCAAAAUCUUGGGUCAUGAAGUCUCUUUUUUCAAAAUGGAAGAGCUGGAAAUCAAGGUUGAAAACAUAUUAUUUCUCAUGCAAGACUGACGAGGAACGCAUGAGGAAUCUCGACAAAAGAGUCAUUCCAGACCAGUGGCCGAGCCUCGUAUCCUAUUGGAACAAGGAAGAGGUGAAGUUGCUUUGUGCUAGGAAUAGGGCAAAUCGUGCUCAUGUAAAGCAUUCACACACCUCCGGCUCAAAGAGUUACGCAACCAUACGAGAGGAAGAGCGUGCAAAAAGGGCGGAUGGGAAGACUCCUACUAGGGCAGAGUUGUUUGUGCUGACCCAUACACGAAAGGAUGGAAAUCCUGUAAAUGAGGAUGCUGCAGAAGUAUUUGAAAAAUUGCAAGAAAAAACUAGUCGGAGGCAGCAAAAUUCUGAAGUCAGUGAUAGUUCUCAUGACACUUUCUUCAAAGUUACAGACGAAGGAAAUAAAAAGCAUGUGAGCAUGUAUGGUCUAGGAGGACCUAGCCCUGCUACUCUUUGGGGAAGAAAGUGUGGCCAUAUCCAGUUUGCAAAAAUGGCCAUGGAAACCAAAAGGCAAGCUGAUGAGGAGGCAAACAAGAUUUUUAAUAAAGUUGAGGCAGUUUGCAGUAAAGUCGAGGUAAUGGAGCAAAAGUAUACCUCAAUGGAAGCGCAGAUUGAUAGGAUGAACUCAAACAUGGAGCUUAUGCUUCAGAAGAUGGGGGUUCCUGUGCAAUCAAGAUACAAUCACUUCAACCAGGGUGAUCAGGCAGAAGAACCAUCGUCAUCAUCGUCAAGUCAUGGAGUUCGAGCUGAUCAGGUGGUUCACAGCCGGGCAAAUUCUAGAAGGAGCCAGUACUGAGUGCCGGUUUCUGUGUAAUGCUGCUGCGGUCUCCACUAUCUGUUUGACUGACUAUGUUUUGUAUUGUUGCUAGGCUCAGUGGAACCUCCCCAUGGUUUGGGACAUGUAAACAGGGGGUGGGAACACCAGUCUAGUCGUCGUGCACUCGUCUCCCUUAAUCCGUGCAGUAACUUUUAGUUACCAGCAUAGACUUGGUUCUUGUAGUUUGCUUAAGUACGUGUUUCGCUUGUUGCUGCUUACCAGUCAAGUAUGUGAUCAUUUAUGUGGUGUCUAAAAAGAAAUUGGCCAAUCUCUGAGCACGUUCAGCGUCGAUAAAUUCUGCAUCUUUGUCGGAAGGGUGCCUCGGAAGGGUUAGGCACUUA